AUGGACUAUAUUUCCCUCGGAGAGUGGGAAUGCCUCGUCGUGGUUUGCUGCCAUGCCAUCUAUCUUGGAGGGCCCAAUCGGGGUCAUUCCGAAGACGAAUGGUUAAUAGAGCCUUUCCAAAAGGGCGAAAUCGACACGUUCAUCAAACAUGCCGAAGCUGCGUUGGAACUACUCGUUGAUUCCCCCAACGCAUUGCUAGUAUUCUCGGGGGGACCCACCAAACGACCAAGGACGGAACUCUCCGAGGCACAGUCAUACUUCAACCUUGUCAAAGACAAUAACUAUUUCAACAUGGCACACCAGAUCGAUCCUGAGAGGAUCCUUGUAGAACCUCAUGCGACGGACUCUUACCAGAAUGUCCUCUUCUCUUUACUCGAAUUCCGCUUGUGCACAGGGAAUUACCCAGAGUUUCUCUGCGUCUUCACGCAUAAGUUCAAGUCAACUCGAUUUCUGGAAUACCAUUUCCCUGCCCUAGGGCUACUUCCUAAUGCUACUGCCGCCGAAACAGAAGCCAAUCGCGAUGCCGAUGUGUGGGGCAUUGACCCCCCUGAGCAUGUCACUUCCCAAGAGUCCUUGCAAAAGGGCGAAGCAUCCAAAGGAGUCGGACUUUGGAAGAAAGAUCUGUACGGAGUCGGAGAUGAACUUGCCAGUAAACGGAGGGACAGGGGCUGGAAACCCGGCAUGGAGAGCUUUUUCCUCAAUAAAGGGCUGGAGGAAGUUGUGGAGCAAUUGAUCUGCUGGGAUGGUGGGGGAGGAAACGAUUGGUUCCCGAGGAUGAACGAACUGCCCUGGUUCUACGGAAAUCGCAAAUAA